GAUUACCAGAAGCUUAAAAUCUUUCUGGAGCUCCAGCAUGGUGGCGAGGACGAUGACUUUGACGCGGCGCAAGAGUCUCAGACCUCUGUGGAGUUCAUGGGAGACUAUACAGUAUGGAAUAGUAGUGGCGGACGCCGCGCAACCGAAGAAGAAGCCCGACAAAUCCGCGACAAAGGUGAGGAUGAUGAGAAGGAGCUCCAAGAGGCACGUCUUGCGGAUGAGGAUCGCUUUCAACGCGUGCGGGCUGCUAAAGCGCAGGAGUGGGACAGAGCAGUGUUGAAUGCGGCCAUGAAUGAGAAGCCGUUGUCCAAGCGCAUGCGACUGGAAUACGAGAUAAAGACUAAGACGGGUGUCUCCGUCGGUCGUGGUAUUCAGGAUGUGCUGGUGGAGCCGACAGCGCAACUGGUGGCCUCAACGACGGUGGCGGAAAUUCAGGAAGGGCCACAUGAGAAUGAUGGUGUCGAUGAAGAGGAGGACGAUGUCGGGUCUCCGCAGUUUGACGGAGCCGUGCGGGAAGCGUCCCAACAUGUCCAGCCUGUUGAUGAGGUGGAGCUCAUUCAGGUGGAUGGCUGCUCGCAGGAGGUGCUCAAGGCUAACCUGGCGCUGUUCGUCGACGGGCCGGCCACGGAAGAGGUGAUUGAGGUGCGGAAGUGCUGCAGUGGUUCUUGGCCCAACGUGGCCGGAAGCUUGCAGGGGAUGCCGGUCUUGGACAUACUGCAGGGCUGGAACGUGAUGAAGAUCAUCGACUAG